UUUUUCUUUUUCAGCGAUGUGCCUCCAGCUGAACGUGGUUUUGAGCUGAACUUUUUUGUCGCCGGCCUGCCGUUAUUUAAAAGUAGCCGCUCGCAAUUUUGGCCGAUCUUGUCGCGUGCUCACAAUGUCCCCCGGCUCCCUGUGAAGACGGUGGCAAUAUUUUGUGGUGAGUCCAAGCCACUCUCGCUGGAUGAAUACUUUGAAAAAUUCGUCAAGGAAAUGAACCGUUUGCAGGCGAACGGUUUAAAAAUAGGCAGUCGUGUGUACUGAGUAAAGCUUCGGGCAAUCAUCGCCGAUGCACCUGCGCGCGCAUACAUCAAAGGUGUUAAGGCGUUAAACGCGAUCGAGGGUUGUCAGAAGUGCACCAUACGAACGGAGUAUGACGCCAGAACGCGUCGGCAUUUCUUCCGUUACGGUGCAAUCACUUGGCCAAGGACGGACAAAGAGUUUCGGGAAAACAAAUACUGGGAGCAUUGUACAAAAACUACGCCACUCUUGAAACUAAAUAAAUGCAACAUGAUUCGGAGCUUUCCGGGUUCCGAGCGAAUGCAUUUCGCAGAUAAAGGCGUUUUUGAAAAGCUGAUGCAUUUGUGAGUAAGAGGUUAUCGGUACCGUGAUUGCCGUAUGACAGCAGGGAAUAGGCGUGCAUUGUCGACGCAUAUCUGCCGCCUCAGGCUUCUGUCAGACUUGAAACGACGAUUGCGGGACCUGCGGUACAUUGAGUACUGGAAAGAGCACAAAAUGUUACUGCAGGCCACCGAAGUGGCCUUUUUGAAAGACCUAUCGAAACCUGAAAUGUAAAACCACUUUUUGCUGCUAUUCGUUGCAAUGACGAUGUUCUCUACACCAUACCACCGUGCACGAUGGGGCUAUGCGGACGAGCUGUUGCACCAGUUUGUGGCAGACUAUGCACAAGUCUACUGCCAGGAACUGGUCAACAGUCCAUAUUCCAACGUCCAUAGUUUGCUACACGUGCUGGAAGAUGUGGAGAACUUUGGCGACCUGGGCACCAUAUCGGCCUAUGAUUUUGAGGCUAGGUUGCACGACAUCCGCCAAUUGGUGCGGACCGGGCGGUAUAGCCUAGCGCAGCCGGUAAAUCGCAUCUUCGAGCUGCAGCGCGUGGAAGUAAACCGGCUGAAGCAAGUAGUGCCAAAUACAAGGCCUACUGUUAGAAGCGUGGGGCGCUACACUGAAGGUAUGAUUCGAAAAGGGUUUACACUGCACGACAAUAUUCGCUAUCAAUGGUUCCUGACCAAGGAUGGCCAUGUUAUUCCUACCAUGACGCAAAAUUCGUCGGCGAAGAACUGCAUCAAGGAAGCAAUGCUUCCACAAAACAUGUCCAAUUUCAUGGACACUGUUUUAAAGAAGCUGGAUGGUAUAGAAUUAACAAUUCAGGAGGUGCGCCAGGAGCAGAAAGCGCAACGAGUAAAGCUUGAGAGCUUGGAAGCUGCCGUGCAGCUGAUGCAGCCUAGACUGAAAAAGCACGGGGGCAUGCUACAGAUAUUCAAGGACUCGACUACCACGGCGGAAGGAUUUCUCGACCAGAUCAGAGCCACCAUUUUUGCCGAGCCGCUUACUUCCACCAGAACAGUGCCAGAAGGCUUCUCUGUGUGGAAGCAAUGA